AUGAAUCCAUUGACGCAGAUAAAAAACACACAGAAGGCCACCAAGCUUGAGAUCGUUUCUGGUAUAUCUGAUUCAGCUUCUUGGCACGCAAAAUUCAAGCACUCAGCGUACAUCUUUGCCGGUGGCCUUGCCUACACACUGACAGAAGGGGACCUCCUCGCUGUGUUCAGCCAGUAUGGAGAGAUCGUGGACGUCAACUUGGUCAGGCAAGGCUCCAGCCAACCGAUCUCCUGUCUUGCUAUCCCCUUGGACAAGGAGACUGGAAAAUCGCGAGGCUUUGCAUUCCUAGCAUACGAGGACCAGCGCAGCACCGUGCUGGCAGUAGACAACCUGAGUGGCGCAAAGGUGGCUGGCCGAGUAGUGACAGUGAACCAUGUGGACAACUACAAAGUCAAGAGGGCAGAGGUGCACGCUCCUGCGCGUUUCCAGCAUUCCUUCAGCUUUAAUAACCUUCUCAGUACUCGAUGUACGUUUCACACUUGA